AUGUACUUUACUCUCUACUUCCUAAUCACCCGCCUCCCUGACACUCUUCGCUCAGUCAGGGACCACUUUCUCGCCCUAGACCCUACCACUCUCACUGUCGCCGACUUCGAGAAGCACCUCCUAGCAGCCGAAAAGUACAUUCUCGUUGUAGCGCAGCUGCUGUCGACUUCCUUGGUGCUGAGGAGGUCGGGGCUGCUUCCGCUCCUAGUGGGAAGCGCCGCAGCGCCAGGGGCAGCAGGGGUGGCAGGGGAGGUGGAGGUGGCGGUGGAGGGGGCGGUGGUGGAGGCGGCGGGGGAGGUGGAGGUGGUGGGGGUGGUCGUGGGGGUGGAGGUGGUGGUGGGGGCGGCAGUGGUACCGGGAGCAGUGGAGGUGGCAGCGGCGGUGGUGGGGGAGGAGGGAGCGGUGGUGGCAGCGGUGGUGGGGACUGGAGUGGAACCGGCCAGAGGGGGAGCUCCAGUGGUGGCCAGGGGCAGCAGCAGCAGCAGCAGCAGCGUCAGCGUGAGACCCCCACGCCUCAGCAGCUUCAUGACUGACCUGCUUAGGCGUGAUGUUCCUAUCUUUGAUCUUGACUCUGCCAUGUAUGCAUUGACUGUUAGUGCUGAGGGUCACUACUACUUGUGUAUGCCGCCUGACCCAGGUGUAGCCACUUCUGCCCUAGGUGCUAGUGAGUGUGCGCUCCCUGGUACUGAGUCGGCUCAGGCCUUGCACACUUUCACACUUGACUCUAGUGCUUCUCGCGGUUUCUUUCGCGACAGUACCACAGUCACUCCCCUCCCUGCACCUGUUCCUGUCUCACUGGCUGACCCCUCUGGGGGCCCGGUCCUUGCCCGGUCCACCACUGUGCUUCCGUACCCGGCGGUCCUGUCUGGUGAGCUGUCAGGUCUCCACAUCCCCUCGUUCUCUACGAACCUGGUGAGCAACGCCGUCCUUCAGGAUCAUUGGGUUGACACCUUUACUCCUGGAGGACAGCGUGUGGCGAUCUGUCUCUACCUGCCCUCCCUCCCUUCGUCGCAUGCGCCGCCCUGCAUUUCUUGCGUCGAGGGGCGGCAGCGCGCCGCUCCUCAUUCCUCCUCGUUCCCUCCCACAGAGGCUCCACUGCAGACUCUCCACCUAGACGUGUGGGGCCCAGCCCGCGUCCAGGGGCAGGGCCGCGAGCGGUACUUCCUGCUGGUAGUCGACGACUACACGCGUUACACCACGGUCUUCCCCUUGUGCAGCAAAGGGGACGUCCCUGCUGUCUUGAUCCCUUGGAUCCGCGCUGUUCGUCUCUAG